AUGACGGACUUCAACACUCCUACCUCGCAAAGUCUGCAAAUUCCGCAGCCUGCGAGGGACAAUAGAAAUAGAUCUGCUGCUCAACGGCGAUACAGGAAGAAAGAAGAGGAUGGGUUUUUGCAACUCCGAGAGGCCUUGAGAGAGGUGGCCAAGGAUGGUCCGCGAACCAGACAGGAAAUAUUGAGGAGAGCUUCCCGUGAACUUAGACGCUUAGCAGAAGAAAACUAUCUGUUAUCGCAACAGAAGGCACUGGAUGAGUUUCCUAGAGGAAGUUACAAUCAUGAACAUCCUCAAUCACCAUCAUGUUGUAGUGUGAUCCACGAGGAUCCUGCGGAAUGGCGGUCAUAUGGUAGGACCGACAUGGCGCGCCACUGUGCACCCGACACCACAAUGUCGCCAAACACGACCCAUAUGUUGACAGAACAAAAUUAUGAAUGGUUUAGCCAGCUGUACGACGCAAACAUGGGGCAAGACAGUAGUCAUUCAAACUGUUCGUGGGCAUCGCAACCGAACAGUGAUUUCGCCAGACGGCCGCACAGUGUAGGUGAUUAUUAUCCGAGAUGUGCGAACUAUGAGCAUCGAGAAUAA